CCCCUCCCUCAUGACCGCCUGGAUCCUCCUUCCUGUCAGCCUGUCAGCAUUCUCCAUCACUGGCCUAUGGACUGUGUAUGCCAUGGCCGUGAUGAACCACCACGUGUGCCCCGUGGAGAACUGGUAUGGCGCACUCUGCAGACAGCCUCACUCUAAAGCUCCCUUCAUCUCUGUUCCCUCUGGGGCCGGGGCUGCCUCGAGCCAGAUGGAGACACUGGGCCUCACUGCUCUUCUCUGACAUUGGCAGCGCCUGCCCCUCCCCAGGCAUGGCUUCGUGCCCACCUACCUGCUUCCCACCGUCAUUCGCCCCUUUGGCUUCUGUCUCAGGGGGGCCCUGGGAAGUGGGCUCUUCUGCCCCUGCCAAGGGAGGUCUGGGAGGGUGGUCUCCGAGAGGCCUGAGCCUACAGGCCAAGGGCCUGGGGGAACCCCUUUCCCCCAGGCUACUCUCUGUCCUGCCUGCCAGGUCCUACAACGAAUCCUGCUCUCCUGACCCCACUGAGCAAGGGGGCCCCAAGACCUGCUGCACCCUGGACGAUGUCCCCCUCAUCAGCAAGUGCGGCACAUACCCCCCAGAGAGCUGCCUCUUCAGCCUCAUUGGCAACGUGGGUGCUUUCAUGGUGGCCCUGAUCUGCCUCCUGCGCUACGGGCAGCUCCUGGAGCAGAGCCGUCAUUCCUGGGUCAACACCACGACGCUCAUCACAGGCUGCACCAACGCUGCGGGCCUGGUGGUGGUGGGCAACUUCCAGGUGGAUCACGCUAAGUCUCUGCACUACGUCGGAACCGGCGUGGCCUUCACUGCCGGGCUGCUCUUUGUCUGCCUGCACUGUGCCCUCUCCUACCACGGGGCCACUGCCCCCCACGACCUGGCUGUGGCCUACCUGCGGAUUGUGCUGGCAGCCAUCGCCUUUGUCUCUCUGAUCCUCAGCGGGGUCUUCUUCAUCCACGAGAGCUCUCAGCUGCAGCACGGGGCAGCCCUGUGCGAGUGGCUGUUUGUCAUUGACAUCCUCAUCUUCUACGGCACCUUCAGCUAUGAGUUCGGGGCAGUCUCCUCGGAGACACUGGUGGCCACACUGCAGCCUGCCCCCGGCCGGGCCUGCAAGUCGGCCGGAAGCAGCAGCACCUCCACACACCUCAACUGUGCCCCUGAGAGCGUCGCCAUGAUCUGAGGUCUGGGGAGGGUGGCUGGCCCGGCCUCCGCAGCUCCCCACCCCGUUAUCUCCUUUGCAUUUAUUUUGUACCAAAAAACGAUUUUGAGAAAGUAUUCUGUUGGGACAGAGGCUUCCUCGCUCCUGGAGGAGUGGCCAUCCCACACCCACCUGUGCCAUACAGGAGCGGGCCCUGGCAGCUGCCCAAGCUGUGCACAGCCUGCUCCCCACACCGCAGUGUUAUUUUUAUGUUUUAAAGGUCACGUAUCCUCAUUCACCCAGCCAGCCCUUCAGGUGCCUUCUACUCCCCCAGUGCCACUGGGGUUUCCUGCUGCAGGAAUUGGGGGCUGGGAACAACAAGAGGGACAGCAGUCUGGGGGCGGGGGUGAGCACUCCUUAGUCUGUGGGAAGGCCCACUUCUGGGCCCACUGAGCUGCACUGGGACUCUUCACUCUGUCCCUUUCUUUAGGGCAAAUAACACAGCAGAACCACGUGGGUAUUUUAGUACUUUUUUAUAUAUAUAUAUCUAUUAAAAGAAUUCUAAUUUGCA